AUGGACACUCUCCUGGAACGCUCUGCUCCGCACAACGUCCGCAUGACUAUAUGCCACUUCCCCGAAGGGCUUCGCUUUCAUCUACUCCCUCACAUCUCCAGGAUCGCCGUCUUGGAAAUUAAAGUUCACAGCGCCGAUCAACUGCAUAACCUUUGGGAGACUCUCCGCGGCGGAAUGUCCUGUCUCGAAGAGCUCUGUAUCCUAUGUCCAUUCCCGGACUAUGAUGAUCUCGACGACGACGACGACGACGAUGAUGAUUACGACGACGACGACGAUGAUUACGACGACGACGACAACUAUCCAAGCAUGUGGCUUGAUGAGUGGGGUUCGCAGGUCGCCUGCAAGGCAUUGCCAAAUGGGAGCCUCCCGCGCCUUCGUCACCUCCAACUACCAGGAGCUCUCUUCCCGCUCAUUGCUUGCGGAACCUUGACACACGUCACUCUGCGCAAUCCUUGCCCCAGUAAUGCUGACAUAUGCUUACCCUCAAUCACCCGUCUGCAAAAGGCGCUCGAGAAAUGUAGGGAGACAUUGGAGGUACUCAAGCUGAUGCAAGUGCUCCCAACGCCACGACCAAGGCGGGACACCUGGCAGCACCGCGAACCCAUACACCUCCGCUCCCUCUGCGAUCUUCUCAUCGUAGAUGCGAGCACCUUUGCUUCCGGUCCCCUCGUCGGUUUGAUCCUACCUCCUACUUGUCGCAUUCGCCUGAGCGAUAGCCCGUGCGCCGAUGACCCGUGCGAGUGUGGCCAUGUCACGGAACGCGAUCACCGCGCUUGGCUAGAUCCCGACAAACGCAGUGUCGAGGCCGUCCAUUCCUUGCUCUCCGAGGUCUUUCUAGUCAGGCUAGAGAUUAGCUGCCAGUUCACCAUGCAAUGCUACACACAGGACGACAAUGCUCACAGUCCCUCGGAGCGCUUUCGAGCGGAGACGCUCGUCUGGGGUAUACGACUGGAAACACUUGUGAGGCCGCUGUUCCGUCCCGAAGCACCGAUAUUGUGGAUCAACGUCGCACACCUGGUUCUGGACAUCAUAGAUGGAUGGUUUUCAGACCAGACAGCGCUCUUCGAGGCCUUCCCGCACCUCCUGCGGGUAGAGAUCGACACGAGAGGAGAUCCUUGGGAGACUCUCUGCUUGCUGAAGUGGCCAGGAGACGGUAGUUCCAACGGGACAGAUUCGCGCGCACUAGUAUGUCCGUCUCUUCGAGAACUCGUAACGCGGGUGGAAGUACCCGAAGGCUCCCUUCGAACGCUACUGGAAUCGCCGAACCCGGAAGACCUCAAGGAGUACGUGACCCAGAGGCUGCGACAGUUCAAGGACGUCAUCGAAUAUCGGGCGUCCAUUUCACCAAGCAUCAGUCGACUCACGUAUCUGGAGAUCUUCGAAUACGAGCGGCGGUCCCUAGAUCGGACGUGCCCCGAGGUUGUAGAAAAUGAUCUUUCAUCUAUGGAGUCGGAGGUGGUCGAUGCCAGUCUCGAGGAUUUGCGGGCAUUGGUAGACGGCGAAGUCGUGUUCAAAGGGUUUCGGUAUUUCACUAGAUCCUCGUACCACUAG